UAUCUCAGGACAAGACCAGGUCCAACACAGGAGCUCUAUCCCGUAUAACCCUGAAGACAUAAGGUACAGGAAGCUCGUGCCUGUAGACGAUCGGUUCACACCUCGUAUAAUCGCUCCUCCAGAAAGAACGGGCAAUGUUGCCGUGUGUUACCUACAGCCGGAUAAAGGACCCUGCAUGGGAUACUUCCCGAGGUUUUACUACGAUCGAGAAGCGCAAAGCUGCAAGACUUUCAUCUACGGCGGUUGUCAAGGCAACGAGAACAACUUCGCGAAGGAGGAAGAAUGUCUGGGGGCAUGUGGGGGUAUCUCUGUACAGCACGAGAUCCAACAGAGAAGCUCUAUCGUGGAUGCCCCUAUCUCUGAUAACCAAGAGCUACCGCGUAUCUGUUAUCAACCGAAGGACCCAGGACACUGCGAGGCCUACUUCGAGCGGUACUACUAUGACUCCGUCGAAGGUAUCUGCAAGAAAUUUAUCUAUGGCGGUUGUCAAGGAAACAGCAACAAUUUUAAGACGAUUGAGCAGUGCAACAUUACUUGCGGUGGCGAUUCGAGACACCUGACAUCUCUCUACUCGAAGGAGACCGAAGCUUCUGGUCAUGGUAAGCACUCCUUAGGCUCAGAAUUUACGAAAAGAGAAAAGGAAGCACGGACACACCUUAUAUCUUUUGACCGAAUGUCUCGGUGAGAAUGUGUUCGCUCACCGUAUCUUG